UCGGAUCCACGCACUCUGUAUAUCCUUGUCUGCAGAUGAAGCCUUGUGAGCUCAGGCAGACAGGAGACCACCUCUUCCUGCUGCGAACAAUGAUCCAACUCUGUCGACCCGGCUGCUACGUUUGGGCGACUCCAAAUUGUCACGGAUUAAAUAAAGCCGUCAGUUCCUGAGGAAAGAGCCGAGGAGACUACUGGUCUCUUUUUGCAGCAGGAGUGUUCACACGUUAAACUCCCAUCGCAGGCUCUGUCAGUUCUGGUUUGAGGGGGUUUUCCCCUCAGUGUUCAGCCACCCGAUCACCUGCAGACGCUAAACCAUGCACUCCCGUUCUGCGCUCCCCAGGUUUACCUCCCUUCUCCUUUCCCUUCUCCCUGUUUUCUCCUCCUCCUCCUCUCUCCCCCAGUGGAUUCUCCAGCGUGUCCCUGUGGUCCUCCCACAGACCACGGAGCCUCGACCUGCCCCUCACUUCCUACAUCCGGCCCGUCUGGAUGUCACCUCCCCCUGUGAUCCAGAAUGCCACAAAAGAGCCCCUAAACGAAGCUACUGGGACAUGAUGCAUAUUUUGGCCUAUGAGACUCUCCACUCUGAUGGUCAACUAACUGAGACCGCCGUUGGGAUCUAUGGCUACAACCCUAAUUCUAACACCAUCCCGGCAUACUCCUCAGGGUCUGGGACUGCUGAGCGGUCACAUGUCAGGAGAAAGCGACAGAUCUUUGGCCAUGAUGGACGUUUUAGCAUUGCUGGACAGAACUUCCUGCUUAAAUAUCCUUUCUCAGUGGCUGUUAAACUGUCCACCGGGUGUUCUGGUACACUGGUGGGGGACCGUCAUGUUCUCACAGCUGCUCAUUGUGUUCAUGAUGGCAAAAACUAUGUGAAAGGAGCCCAGAAGCUCCGGGUUGGCUUUUUAAAACCCAAGCAACGAGACUCACAGCCUUCUUCCUUUUCCAUUCCCUCCAACUUCACCAACCAUGUUGAAGGUGGCCCUGCUCCUUACGCCCCACCAACCAACGACAAAAUGAAAUUCCAGUGGAUCAGAGCCAAGCGCACCCAUGUUCCCAAGGGGUGGAUUAAAGGGAAUGCCAAUGACAUUGGGAUGGACUAUGACUACGCUUUGCUUGAACUCAAGAAGCCCCACAAACGCCGCCACAUGAAGUUAGGAGUCAGCCCCCCAGCUCAGAGGCUGCCUGGUCGACGAGUCCACUUCUCAGGAUUUGAUAAUGACCGUCCAGGCAAGCUGGUGUAUCGGUUUUGUCGCGCCGGCGAGGAGACAUCAGAUCUGCUGUAUCAGCACUGUGAUGCUCAACCCGGGGCCAGCGGUUCAGGAGUCUACGCCCGGAUGUGGGACGGAAGGCACCGGCGUUGGGAGAGGAAAGUGAUAGGUGUGUUUUCUGGGCAUCAGUGGGUGGAGCGACAAGGGGCGUCUCAGGAAUUUAAUGUGGCCGUGAGAAUCACGCCUCUCAAAUAUGCUCAGAUCUGCUACUGGAUAAAAGGAAACUUUGUGGACUGCAGAGAGGGUUGAAGAAAAGAGGGUGAGGUGAGAGUGAGGAUGACACAGGGGUGUAGCUACAAAACCACAGGCUCACUACAUCCUCAAACAACUUUCUGCAAUAUUGGGACUUCAACAAUCCACACUUUUCACCCCACUACUUACAGCACUGACAUAACAUCGGUAUGAGUAUCAAAAUAUUGUUUGUUGCCCCUAUUCUCAGAUGCCAAUAUCAGUAAUGACAGACAUAAAUCUAGUAACAACACUAAAUUAUGUGAACAGGAUGUGUUCAUUUCAUUUAUGCUUAGUUUUGCAUCUACACUCACUUUUCUAAAACAUGAAAAUGUUAGUUUUAUUUGGGUUAGCUGGGGAAACAUUGAGGUCAGGUGGUUCUUGUAGAACAGAAGAAGGUUUUUCUGCUUCUUGGAACAUUUAUCUGGACAAAAAGUUAUCCGCAAGCUCAUCAGAUCUGGAACAUGGACAGAUGUAAAAAGAAGUUUUGGAAUAAAGCCUAAGCAGCAAGACUGGGAAAGUUGUUAGAUGCAUCAUAGCCCUUUUCGUGAGCUAAUACUAAAGAUUGCACUGUUCAAACUUUUUCUACUGAAAAUGAUGAUUUUUGUGGAUGAAUGUAAAAGUCAGCUGCCAAAGGUGCCAACUAUUUCUCUCCAAGCUAUCAUGUAUCUUCUCUCAGUGGACACACUAGUUGUUUACGGGCACAGUGUACUCAGUCAGCUAAAUUAACAGUGAAGAAAUUUUUGGAAGAACUUUCAACGUGUCACACAGAUUGAUGUUCAAUGACUGCAGGUGACUCUUGCCAAGGCUGCAGAUUACUUGUUAUAUAAAGCACAUUUUGUUGAAUGUUGUACUUUAAUAUUUAGCUCCCCCUGGUGGCAAAGAUAAAACAUUGCAGGUGCCCGCAAUGAACAUUAUAUCGACUUAAACUAGGCCUACAUAAGCACUUUUUACUUUCUCCUCACAUUUGUUACGUUGCAUUAUUUGUGUUUCUGAAACUUAAGCCUCUGGAGAAUUUAAUGAAAUACAUGCUUUGAAAUAUG